UUUCAGAACGAAUGGAAAGCGACUCCCCACUUAAUCAUCCUGUGGUACACUUUUUGCUCUGUGUAUCCUACCUUUUUGUCUUUCUGGCCACUAUAAUCGGAAAUCUUAUCAUUCUGCUGGUCUUCUUCUCGCAGAAACGAGUCCGAAGUGUGCCCAACUUCUUUCUGGCAAAUCUGACGGUUGCCGACCUUUUUGUCGGAAUCUUCUGCGUUCUCCAGAACGCUGUGAAUUUUGUAUUCCAAGGACAUGGACGGUGGCCGUUUGGCAAAGUGUUAUGUUAUUCAUACAUCUACGUACUACACUUCAUACCAAAUGUGUCGGCUGGAAUUCUGGUGCUGGUCUCGGUUGAAAGAUUGAUUGCGGUGCUCCGUCCAUUGCGGGUGCGAAGAGCAUUUUCACAAAAAGUGCUCAUCACAUCGUCAGCUGUUGUUUGGCUAACUAGCGCAGUUAUGAACACCCCAUAUGUAGUGGCUAGCCAGUUUUUAGAGAUAUCAGACGGGAAUGAGACAUACACAAUCUGCACUAGACGUCAUGUGGAAAUUUAUGGAUUCAACCUCCUGAAGCUAGUCGCCACUAUCAACUUCAUCGUCUGGUACGCCGUCCCUCUAGUAAUCCUUCUUUGCAUCUACGCUACCAUCGGCCUCGUGGUGAGCAAGGCCGCAACAAUCACGAAACACUCCGCCAACAAGCUUUUGCCAAGAUCAAGCUGGCGAUCCGAAGCCUCAACCGGCGGUGUGUCAGUGGAGAAGAGGAGAAAGGUUGGUCGUUUGGCAGUCGGAAUCGUCGUGGCAUUCGCGUUCUUCUCACUCCCGAGAUAUGUAUAUUUUAUGUGGACCGUCUGGCGAGAUCCGAUGGCGCCAAGAUGUUUGAACUGCCUUCAAAGUGUACUCCAACCCAUCAGUUUCCUGCUUCUGUUCUUUAAUGCCGCCGUCGACCCAUUCCUCUACGCAUUCCUUUCAACAAGAUUUCGUCAAAGCAUCAAAGAAACAUUUCAUCUUGGAAAGGUGCGUGAAAGCAACAUCGAGCAGUCAUCACGAGUGCGGCGUAAGGUGUUAAACUCGGAGUUGGAGACGGGUUACGAAUAUCAUAAUCACUCAUAACAAAUGUACAUACAUGCUUUAAAAUUCUAAUCCCACUUAUUCACACAUUCUCACACAUAUUGCGUUCUGUUUUUGUGAUCUCACCCAUGAUUUUCAAAACUUUAUAAUGCUAUCACCGUUUCUUUCCACAACAGUCUCCUGUCAAAUUUGUAACAUAUACGUAAUUAUGGAUAUAGUUUCUGUCAAUAAUGAAUUUGUCAAAAAAUC